AUGUAUUAUUGGAAAAUGUUUCUACGAAUUGCCAGUAAGAAGCCAACCAAAGCCUUGGGAGAAAAUAGCAUAACCUACAUCAAGCAGGCCCCGGUUCAAACUACCGGAUGGAAAUGUUUUCAGGGCUUAAUGUUGGUGUGCUCGCCAGAAGUGGAGCAAGAUACCCUUUUCGGAGGUAAAAUCAAUACGAAACAACAGAAUGAAGUUGUUCUUGCACACACAUUCCGAGUGUUCCACGGUGGAACAACCAGCAGGCGAAAAGGUUGCGGGAAAGUCUGGAUAGCCACAUGGAAGAUUUUAGCAUUGUCUAUGAAGCAUUUCAGUGACUUUGGUAUCAAAAAUGCCUCCAGGAAGUUGAAUUCUAUUCCUGGACAAGUUACGGCGGUAACAAUUAUUUCGUACUUGCGCAUUCUUCGAUCCAGCCAUGUUCCUGAGCACCAAGCAUACGAAGGGCCGCUAGCACUCGGACCGAAGGGCCAGGACAUAGACACUAGCGAAUCCAAGCAACUAUCGCUGGCUUAUUGUGUCCAUAUUGUGGCGUUUCUGAGCGAAGUAACCGCCGCUUCGAGGAUAUACACAGCCUUAGCCAUAUGCCUACUCUUCGUCGUCGCCUGGUCCAACCCAAAAGCUAUGGCGCCGGCCGUAUUCUUUAGUGCGUAUUUGACGCUGGGGAAAGGUCAAUCGCUCUCUUGCCGGGACCUGUACUCGGACAUUCAACUCUCCCCUACGAAGCUCUGUGCUUUGGCUCACUCGGAUCAAAGAGCCUUUGCAUCUCCACAAGCCGACGGGGAAGGGAGCGAGUUGGUCAUCGAUGAUCCGAACUCCGCUGUCCUUGGCGGCGGCCAGUUCUUCCAUCUCCUUCUCAAACAUCUCAAGGAUCAUCAGAUUUCAAUUGCCCGCUUAAAGCUGUCCGGCUUGAGCUGGUUCAGUGUUCCUGACGUGAGGACGUGGCAUAUCGUGCUCACCUCGUUCCCGAGUAUUUCCUCGUUGUUUCUGGAUGGUGUCAAAUGUGAUGAACUUCACUUCCUGGAGCUUAUUCGGUCGUUCCCCACAUUGAAUCAUCUGAGACAUGACGAGAACAUGAUCCGGGCGUACGAGUCGACGAGAAGUUUGGGUGUGGAGAAUGUCGAAUCACGAUUUGCGAGCAUCGAGGACAUUUCUAAUAGACAGCAGGAGACAGAACUGGAUUUUGUUCAUGUUGGUAUCACCACUAUCUCCGACCGGAUUAUGCUCGGCCUCUUUAUGACUCGAAAAUCUCCCGUCGUCCUCCAACAUUUGAAGGAGCUUAUUGUCCGGGACCAUGCCAAAUUCGUGUGUGACAUAAGCUUCGUUCGCCUUCUGAAUAUGCUCCUCGAAUUGACGACCUCCCUGUUUGAUCUCAACCUCGAUAACUUCAGUAUCACUCAGUUUCUCCCCCCUCUGAACAUUCCGAACCUUCACUGGUUUCACUUCACCAUCCGUUUGAACUGUGCAUUUCAGAUGGACCAGGCGAUCUUUUGGGAAAACCAACUCAGGAUGAUCACGGACACGGUGGAGAUCGAUGUGGAGUCGAUUCCCAUUGGUGCUCUGUCCCCUCGUGACAUCUCUGCGUGGACUGCAUUAGACCGAGCGAUAUGCCGCGACGAAAUCCAAUUGGAGGAACUGUUCUUCAAGUUUUGCGCGCCUGAGGAUGACGGGCAUAAAAAUCUUGAUGAAGUGUAUGUAACUUGGUGGCUGGAAAAUACUGUUGACGUAGGGUUAGGGUUGAAAUGCUUUCGUAGCAAUAAGCAGAAACGCGGUGAGGGUGUUCGACGGACUGUAUUCAAUAUAUAUAGUCCAUCCCGACAUAAAGGGGUAUCGAGCUCCGCCGGCGGGAUACGACGGAGCUCCUGCUUGCUAAUCCAACAGUUGCCGGAGCAAAACCUUAAUAAAACGAGGCAAAUACUUAACCAAACAGCAAUUCUUAACAGCUUCGAUACGCCCCUCGCCAAGCUAGAGAAUUCUAUAUUACCGCUGUAUACGUCUACGCAGAUCCUCAACCGACGUGCAGGCAACAUCGAAAAGGCUUUACUGAAGAUUGAUGAACUGGCGAGCAAUCAGGAGGGCAUUGCAGCUGACGAGGCGUUGAUUCUCCGUGGACCACAGCCCAACCAGCUCGACGCAUAUAGGGAUGGAUUGCAACGUCUCAACGCCGCCAUUGCCUUCAAAGGUUCUGAGAGCAGCUCACUGGAAACGGAAGCACAGAAGGGAUAUACGGACAUGUGUGACGCGUGGUGUCGCAAAUGUCUAGAAGGCCGGGGAAAGCGAGUGCUGGAUCGCGCCGAUACUAUCGAUCCUAUAGCAGCUGGGCUGGAGUUUGGGAAAUGGUCUGAAUCGAUACUUGACGUGGCCGUGGAGGAAUUGAAUCUUCUUGAAGAUCUCUCGCCGCUUUCGAACUCGCAGCUCGCGUAUGGUGCUCUCAUGAACCCGAGCCCCAUGCUCUUCACGUUCCCUGCACAAGACAAGACUAUGGUUCGGAGAGGCACCGAUGCCCAGAACGAGGCAAACGAGUUUAAAGAUGGCUUGCAGAGUCUUCGAAAUGUUUGUCUUCGAAGCUUCACCGAGUUCCUAGCUGAUGUGAAAAUGGCGUCUAUGGUCAAGGGAGGAGAGUUAGGCACUGCGCUUGCCAAUUUCGUCGUUUCGGCACUAAGCGAAGAGAAGGGGAAAGCGGCUACCAAGGAGAGGUUCACGAGGUUCUAUGAUAUGUUUGAUGAGGUCAUUGAGCGAUACCGGGGCGUGGUGUCUGUUUUGGACGAUGACGAAGAAGGGAGGGCCGAGCUCGGGGAAGAGGUAGUCAAAUUGAUCAUACCUUCAUUAGAAAGAUCUUCAGGAGUAUAUAAGACUUUGAGUAGAAGAUGUAGAAACGCAGCUGCGAUCUAUAUAUCGAUAAUGUCUGAAUGGUAUCAUUCUGCGAAGCAUUUUCUGUGGCUGAGGGUCUUCCUUGUUUUAACUCGCGCAACCUAUGGGGGUGACAAUACACCAUCGUCAUCCGCUCGCACACGCGUAUUGGACUCUUAUUACAGCCAUCUUCGUCCUGUUCGAGGCAUCUACUAUGAUUAUUUUGGAAGAAUCAGUGCUUCUAUCCUUCCCAGUCCAACAGCUAAUUCUCCCAUUUGGGAGGUGAUUUUGACCACGCCCUCCAUUGUGAUGGCUUUGACAUUUGGGAUACAAAAAGAUAUGAUAGCGUUCUACUGGAACCCUAAGAGAAGUGGUAAUGUCGACAAGGUGACAUGUUGGAUUAAGUUAGAUGUGUCAAUUUUAGAGCCGCCAUCGAUUUGA